GAUAAACAUUCUACGAAGCUUGACCCCUCUUAUCCGAAAGAAAGAGUUGAACGAAGCAAACAGCAGUGCAUCAACAAUCAGUAAUACGUCAAGAUGACCGGUUUCAUUUGCAUUUGUAAACUGUUCGCACCAAUGAUAAUAAUAAUAAUUAUAAACUCUGAACCGUGUGCGGCUAAAUGCAGGUCCUUCAACAAUGUUUUGGUUGGUUUGAAAGACAGAUACGGGUUUGCAUAUAAUUCCACGGUGAACGGUUGUAUAGAAAGGAUUGGAUUCGGUGACAGGGAGAUUGAAGAGGUUCAUAUACGGAACCAGAAAAUACCGAAACUUGGAACGGAUUCUGUCAGGAACAUGGGGCGUUUGAAACUACUUUCGUUUUUAGAGUGCGAUUUGGAGACUGUACAACCUGACGCUUUCAGGAACGUACCCAGACUGAAGCAAGUUCAGGUUUCUUUUUGUAAUCUGACCAAAAUACAGAAAGGAGUAUUCUACCCCAUGAACAACUUGGAAAUAUUGAAACUGGAUCACAACCAGAUAACAAUCAUCGAACCCGAAACCUUUGCGAAUCUAUCUGUCCUAACAAGGAUCUACUUCGACAACAACAAGCUAACCGAAUGGCGAAGAGACUGGUUCGAUGAAUCUUACAUCAGAUUAGAGACCAUGGACUUUCAACGAAACAAAAUCCGGUCCAUUCCUCCCAAGGCAUUCGCGAACAUGAAAAAACUGAAGCAGAUCAACUUCGAUUACAACGAAAUCGACUCCAUCGGGUCAGGAGCCUUCGAAGGUUUGAGCGACCUGGAUCACCUGAGACUGAAGCACAACAGAUUGAAGAUCAUCAAGGAAGAUGCAUUUCCCACACAAAUCAGGAUCAGGAAUCUCAUUAUAAGUGCGAACCUACUCAACUUUUUGCCGAAGAAGACGUACACCAAGCUUUCAGUAGAGGAACUCCUUAUAGACUACAACCCAUGGAAAUGUUCCUGCUAUGAUAGUUUACUCCAAUGGAUGUAUGCUACUAAUGUUACCUUGAUCAAGGCCAAACACUGUGAUAUGAGUUCUGUGCCAGUUUGUGCUUUUCCUCAAAAACAGUCCCGGGUUCAGGAUUGUCAGGAAGAUAUUGAUGAGGAGCUUACUAAGCGGUUUAUUGGGAUACUCAGGAAUUUACCUACUCCUUUGAGAGAAUAUUGUGCGCAGUUGGAUUGAAGUACCUAUUUUGGCUAUCUGAAUCAGAAACUGAUUCUUUCUCGUGAACUUCUACUGUGAUAACGUCGUUUAUUUUUCUUGUUGGCCAACCAUAAUUUCAAGAAAAAGUCAAACUACAUUGUAUUUGAUUACAUUCAAUAACUAUAUUAGUUGAUUUGAAAACUAUUAUCGAAAGAAUAGUUGUCAUGGAAUGUGUUACGAUGACACUCUUGAUUCUUCAUAAAACAAAGAAAUCCAACGUACUUCGGCAUUACAUACAAAGAGGCACGACCGCACACUAAUGUUUACAUUAUUUGGAAACGAUUCUUGUUCCAUCUAUCAAAAUGUGUACAAUAUUUGGGUCAAUCUUAUUUCGCGCGUCGACAAAUUCCGACAAAAUAAAAGCGAAUUAGUAAAAA